AUGAAACGUGAAGCAUUUCUACAAGUUGUGUCUAAGGAGUCAAUUGAAGACUUCUUGCGUUAUACUCAGAAUCCUAAAAAUACAUUUAGUCCUUUUGACUUGAAUGAACUACUUCAAGAAUUGCCAAGAAAGCAAAAAGAAAUACUAUGGGAGAGGCUGACACAGCUAUUGACAGAGACUUUGAUGGAGAACCCUGUGGAAGCAUGGCAGAGGAUUGAGGAUGAUGAAAGUAAUGAUGACAUGGAAGUUGAGAUAGUUCCAGAAAUGAAACAAACUGUAGCUGUGAUCCAAGGAGUGACAGCUGUAGUUACUGCUUCCAUACCUGUAGUGGAUGAAACUGCAAACUACAAAGCUCUUCUAGAAUGUGCUUUUAUAUUAAAUGGUAUUCUUCCUGCAUUACCUGAAUCUGAAAAAAUCCUACAGGGUGCUAUCCAGCAUGUAUGUGAAAUGUGGUGGGAGAAAGGACUGGAAGGGAAGGAGCAGCUAGGGAAGACUCUGUUUAUCAUUCUGCUAAGAAAAAGCCUGAAUAAAGCUGCUCUGGGCGCAGAUAUAAUUCGUCUAUGGAAUCUACAUCAGACGUUACUUUGUUUUGAUUAUGAUUCAGAGGAGAGUAAUGAAGUCAAAGACUUGUUGCUUCAGUGUUUUAUGAGUGUAAAACACAUUAAAAAAGAAGAAGGAAGAAGAUUCUUGAGCUUUUUGUUCAGCUGGAAUGUAAACUUCAUUAAAAUGAUACAUGGAACCGUUAAAAACCAAUUACAAUAUUUUCCAAGAUCCUUGAUGGAAUACGUUUCAGAAGUUUACUUCAGAGCCUGGAAGAAGGUGUCAGGAGAAUUCUUAGAGAUACUUGAACAUAGCUGCAUUCAGGAUUUCAUGCAUCAUGGAAUCCAUCUUCCCAGAAGUUCUUCUGUUCAUUCUAAAGUUAGAGAGAUGCUGAGUUAUUUUCAUAAACAAAGUAAAGUUCGUCAAGGAGUUGAAGAAAUGCUCUAUAGAUUGUAUCAACCUAUCCUUUGGAGAGCACUGAAGGCCAGAAACUCAGAAGUUCGAUCAAAUGCAGCGUUUUUGUUUGUUGAUGCUUUUCCUGUUCGUGAUCCCAAUUUUAACACUGAAGAGAUGGACAAUCAAAUUCAGAAACAGUUUGAAGAACUUUUUAAUCUCUUAGAAGAUCCUCAUCCAGUUGUCCGCUCUACAGGGAUACUCGGAGUUACUCAGAUAACAUCCAAAUACUGGGAGAUGAUUCCUCCAACAAUUCUUGCUGAUCUUUUAAAAAAACUAACUGGAGAGCUGACAUGUGAUGUAACAUCUGCUGAUGUUCGAUGCUCUGUUUUUAAAUGCCUACCGAUAAUUUUGGACAACAAACUAAGUCACCCAUUACUGGAACAGCUCCUGCCAGCAGUCAAGCACAGUCUUCACGACAAUUCAGAGAAAGUGCGAGUGGCUUUUGUUGAUAUGCUGCUGAAAAUUAAGGCUACCAAGGCUGCUAAGUUCUGGCAAAUCUGUCCCAUGGAGCAUCUUCUGACUCGUCUUGAAGUUGAUUCGCGGCCUGUGUCACGACGCAUAGUGAAUCUCUUAUUCAACUCUUUCUUUCCCAUUAACCAACCUGAGGAUGUGUGGUGUGAGCGCUGUGUUACUCUAAUCCAGAUGAAUUCAGCAGCAGCUAGAAAGUUCUAUCAAUAUGCUUAUGAAUAUACUGCCCCCACCAAUAUAGCUAAAUUGAUGCUUACUAUUCGGCGCUGCUUGAAUGCCUGCAUCCAGAAAGCAAUGAAAGAGAGUCUUCAUGAUAGUGACGAUGAUGAUGAAGAAAAUGAAAAGGAGAAUACAAGUGUGUUGGAUAAUGUAUUGUCAAUAAAUGAUGUGGCCAGCAUGGCAAGUUUGUUGGAGAUCACUGUCAUUCUCUGGAGAAGCAUUCACAAAGCACUAGAUCACAAUGAAGAUGCCAAAGAUUAUGCUGUCAGAAAAUUUGCUUCUGUACUUCCUGAAUAUUUUAAAGUAUUUAAGGAUGAGCGUUGCAUGACACCGUUGGUUAUUCUGGCAUCCUUUAUGCCCCCUGCUGCUAUUCCUACAUUCAGCUGUGGUGUGAUCUCCAGACUCAGAAAUGUCGACAAUGGAGCUGACCAAAGCAAAUAUUCUACCCUGAUAGACUGCUUGUGUCGCUGGGGUCAAGUGGGACAUAUUAUGGAAUUAGCCUGUGAUUGGUUGUCUGACACACUCACCCCAAGAAAGAGUAUUAAAACAUCUGAACGACGAGUACGUAUCCAUGUAACAGAUGAAUCGAAGCCAGAAUUAGCAAUUGAUUACAUUGAAUAUUUAUUGACUCAUCCUGUUAAUCGUGGUUGCCUACUCUCUGUUCCUAAAAAGAAAUUGAAGAAGCUUUUGAAAAUUCUCAGUGCUGCAAAGGAGGUUCUUGGCUCAAUUCUGAAAGCAACUGAUGCAGGUUCUGAUAGAUGCAAUCAAGCAACUGGCCUAAGAGCCUUCAGCCUCUUUUGCAGGUUGAGUAUUCAUCUUCAGAACAAGUUUUCUGAAGAAGGAAGAGACUACCUUUCGCUUCUGAAGGAGACAGGUGCUUGGAUAGAAAGUCAAGUUGUACCUUUUAUACUAGCAAGCGAUCAAGAGGAUGGCAUUUCAAAACACAGUAAUGUUUCUGAAUUAAUUAUCCAG